UUCACAAUUAACAAACAAUUACAUCUACAAAUAUAAAAUCUUUUCUUCUUUCUCCCUAAAAAAAAGAAUGGAGGGUAAAAGCCUAGUUGCGAUUUUGGUGACAAUGAUGGUGAUAGGAAACCUUCUUCCUCAAACAGAGGCUCAAAAGAUACCUUUUAUGCAAUGUUUUCCAGCUUGUAUGAUAGUGUGUAAGAGUGAGUCAAAGUUUCCAAAGUUUCUUACUUGUCCAAUAACAUGUCUCAAAACAUGUCUUCAUCCUCCGUCUCCGCCUCCUUCCCCGCCCCCGUCUCCUUCUCCUUCUCCUUCUCCUUCUCCUUCUCCUUGUGAGAACAAUUGAAAAUCCAAAUGUGGAGAAAGCCGCAGCUUGUGUUGAUAUAUGUUCGAACAAGUGUUUCAACAAGAACUAGCGACAUUUUUUUUUUUUUUAUCAAAGUAAUGAUUCAAUAACCAUAUAUGCACCAAUAAUAUGUAACGAAUGACCUUUCAAAUUAAAUAAGUAUUAUAUACAUUUUUAUUUGA